AGAAUUGAAUUGUGUAACGGUGCGGUUGUCGCGGUCUCAACGCUCUUUUUUGACUCGCUUCGCUAACGCGCGCGUUUUCGACGCGUUUUUUAAUUUUUACUUGGUUUCGAGUGUUUUGUUUACUUUUUAUUGUGCGAGCAAAAGAGUUUCUUCUUAAUUCGAAUCGAGGCGCCCAGCUGCUUAAGAGGCCGUUCUGAAGACCAAAACAAACGCAAAAUUUGAUGAGUCAAACAGAAAAGGCUGAAACCGAAACAGAUACAGAAACAGAAACCGAAACAGAUACAGAAACACAGAAAGAACGCAUGAAACUUAAACUUAAUGCAAGAAAGCAAAAGAAAGCAAGUUUAUUUAAAAGCGAAAUAAAAGCAAACAAAAAUAAUAAGCAAUAAUAAUCAUAAUCAUAAUAAAAAACAAAAAGUUAAAAAAAAUAACACUGGCCAAGUUCUCUGCCGAGUACAAAGUGCAGUUAACUCAAAGUUGCCAUAAAGUACCGUAAAGUCAACAUAAAAUGGUGAAAAUGCUCGACCUGGACCGUCACGCUGAGUGCCCCCUGUGGGCGGCAUUAGCUUCCGAUGUGCCCUGGACGGGCAUGCACUAUGCGUGCCUCAAUGUCCUCAACAUUUACUGCAAAGUAUUCGAUAGAAAAGAAAUUUACGAUCUCAUUGUAAGGAAGACCUGUCAGUCCUGCAAGUGUCCGCGGGAGGCGCACGCCAUUUACCAACAACAGACGACCAAUGUGCAUGAGAGAUUGGGCUUCAAGUUGGUCUCGCCAGCGGAUUCUGGUGUGGAGCCACGGGACUUGGGCUACACGUGGGUGCCGCCGGGUGUGCGUGUCUCCUCCCGGGUUAAUCGAUACUUCGAUCAGCUGCCGGAAGAGAAGGUGCCGCGUUUGGGCAGCGAGGGGGCGCGGGUGCGAGAGCAGCAGAUCUCAUAUCAACUGCCCAAGCAGGAUCUCUCGCUGGAGCACUGCAAGCACUUGGAGGUGCAACAUGAGGCAUCUUUCGAGGACUUUGUGACGGCGCGAAAUGAAAUUGCAUUGGACAUAGCCUAUAUCAAGGAUGCGCCGUACGAUGAGCACUGUGCGCACUGUGAUAACGAGAUUGGUGCCGGUGAAUUGAUUGUGGCCGCACCCAAAUUCGUGGAGAGUGUCAUGUGGCAUCCAAAGUGCUUCACGUGCAGCACCUGCAACGAGCUGCUCGUGGACCUCACCUACUGCGUCCACGAUGACAAAGUCUACUGCGAGCGCCAUUAUGCGGAAAUGCUGAAACCCCGCUGCACGGGCUGUGAUGAGUUAAUUUUCAGUGGCGAAUACACAAAGGCCAUGGACAAGGAUUGGCAUUCGGGCCAUUUCUGUUGCUGGCAGUGCGAUGAGAGUCUCACUGGACAGCGUUACGUCAUCCGUGAUGAUCAUCCCUAUUGCAUCAAGUGCUACGAGAAUGUGUUCGCGAAUACGUGCGAGGAGUGCAACAAGAUCAUUGGCAUCGAUUCGAAGGAUUUAUCCUAUAAAGACAAGCACUGGCACGAGGCCUGUUUCCUGUGCUUCAAAUGCAAUCUGAACCUGGUCGACAAGCAGUUUGGCGCCAAGGCCGAUAAGAUCUACUGUGGCAACUGCUACGAUGCCCAGUUUGCCUCACGUUGCGAUGGCUGCGGUGAAGUUUUCCGUGCCGGAACCAAGAAAAUGGAAUACAAAACCCGUCAGUGGCAUGAGAAUUGUUUCUGCUGCUGUGUCUGCAAGAUGGCAAUUGGCACCAAGUCGUUUAUCCCAAGGGAGCAGGAGAUUUACUGCGCCGGCUGCUAUGAGGAGAAGUUUGCCACGCGUUGCAUCAAGUGCAACAAGGUAAUCACCUCUGGUGGAGUUACCUACAAGAACGAGCCGUGGCAUCGUGAGUGCUUCACUUGCACCCACUGCAACAUCACUCUGGCCGGUCAACGCUUCACCAGCCGCGAUGAGAAGCCCUACUGUGCUGAAUGCUUUGGUGAAUUGUUUGCCAAACGUUGCACAUCUUGUGUCAAGCCCAUCACUGGCAUUGGUGGCACACGCUUCAUCUCGUUUGAGGAUCGUCAUUGGCAUCACGAUUGCUUUGUCUGUGCCAGCUGCAAGGCCAGCCUGGUUGGACGCGGUUUCAUCACCGACGGACCCGACAUUCUCUGCCCCGACUGUGCCAAGCAGAAGCUGAUGUAAACACCUAAAUCGCCCAAGUCGAACCAAGCCAAGUGGCAUCCGCAUCCCUGACGGCUUGGAUGGGAGCAGCAACAGCAGCUGAUACAAGUGAAAUAUAGUAAAGGGCAGCAGCGAAAGCAAGAUUUAGCCAUAUAUUAAACAUUAACAAAAUUCAACGAAAAAUGAAUCAAAUCAGCGGAUUGAGCGGAAUAUGUAUUAAACGAUAUAUACAAACAAACAAAUUAAUGCCUUACACUUACACAUACAUAUAUACUUAUUAGAUAUGAAAUGGACAAAAAAUGAAAUCCUAAAAUCAAAAGCCACAAAUUUUUAAAAUUAUUAAUUAACUAUUGUACGAGUGCUUGUAUACUUAUUAAUAUAGCAUCAAAAAUAAUGAAAUGCUAUAUGCAUAAUACUAGCUAAACUAAAGUGAAAAAAACGAGUGAAACAAAAAAACAAAAUGAAGAAAAAAAUCUCGCUUGAAAAUUGAUAUUUUUUGUGCUUUAUCAUCAAAUUGUAUAAAAUAUAUAUUUAUUAUUUGUAAUUGCAUUUGAGCGCGAAAACAAAAACAAAACGAUGAAAACAAGAUAAUGUAACUAUUGUUGCCACACAUUGCAUAAUGUAUGUAUGUUUAUUUAUUUAUUUUAAGUCCUCUAACCACACAAAAAAGAUGCGUGUAAAGAUUUUCUAACCGCGGUUUCAGUUAAAUACUUGUAUUAAAACGCAGUUUAUGUUUUUAUUUUAUAUUUUAUAUAUGUUAUUAAACAAUACCAUACACACAAAAGCAUACCCAAAACACAAUUACACGUACACACGUCCUAGCAAUUUAAUUGUUUAGUUUUAUUUUCAUGGAUUUGUAUUAUAAUGAAGCACUUUGCGCUAAC